CUUAUUCAAUGUUAUCGUAAGUAAACUCCGCUUCGAUAGGCAAUGAUUUUAACAUGAACAAUAAAAAGCAUAGACUGACUCAGUCGCGCGCACUAUCGGCACGGCGACCGUUGCCGCGAACGCGUUCCAUAUUCAAACUACAAUUCCAUAAUUAAAUACGAAAAGUGUUCUAAUUUUUUUAAAUAUUUUUUUUUUAAUAAUAGUGUUGUGUUUUGAAAGAUGGAUCCCGAAAAAAAACAAACUUCCGAAGUGUCAGUGGACGAUAUUUUGACAAUUUUGGGACCUUUCGGAAAAUUCAAUGUUUAUAGUUACAUUUUGAUACUGUUCCCUGUGUUUUUGGCGGGAAUGUAUUCGUCGGUUUAUAAUUUUGAAGUUAUGGAUCUGAAAUAUAGAUGUUCAGUACCAGAAUGCGAGGACAACCCCGAUCACAUCAACUUCACUAUACCCCACGGCAAUGACGGGGUUCCUGCCAAAUGUCUGCGCUACGCCCCUUUCUCCAACGUGUCACAGUACAACUCCAGUCAGUGUUCCCCACACCAUUAUGACACGUCCACUGAGAUUGAGUGUGAUUCCUACGUGUAUUUGGAAGAACAUUCUAUUGUUAAAGAGUUCGAUCUCGGCUGCCAAGACUGGAAGCGAUCCUUAGUAGGCACAGUUCACAACGCCGGUUUCUUCAUCGCCAUACCAUUGACAGGACUCAUCUCUGACAAAUAUGGCCGCCGUCCCGCCAUAGUGUUCGCGGCAGUCGCGAACGGAAUCUUCGGAGUCAUUCGGGCAUUGUCGGUUAAUUACAAUAUGUUCGUUGUGUUCGAAUUUUUGGAACCGGCAUUUGGGGGAGGAGUUUAUACGGCCUGUUUUGUGCUUGCCUUAGAACUGGUGGGACCCAAAGGCAGAGUCUUCGUCAGCCUCCUCUUCAACACCAUGUUCAUCCUCGGAGGAGUCACAGUAACCCUACUAUCCUGGUGGCUGCUAAACUGGAGAUACCUUCUCUUCAUCAUCUACACUCCAGCAGUCUUCGUUUUCAUCUACAUCUGGACUUUAACAGAAAGUUUCCGUUGGCUAUUCAGUAAGGGAAGAUACGAAGAAGGUCUGAACGUCCUCAGCAAAUCCGAAAAGAUGAACAAUGCUAACGUACCAAAAGACCACUACGAGCAAGUUGAAAAGCAUGCCACCAAACAGAGAGACGAGAGAAAGUGUGAGAACGUGGAAAGAAACCAGUCUACCUUCAACCAACUCCUUACAUCUCCUAUGAUUUGGAAAAGACUGUUUACCUGUUCUUUUCUGUGGAUUUCUUCAACUCUGGUCUACUAUGGGCUCUCUAUAAACGCCAUAGAGUUAUCUGGGAAUAGUUAUGUGAAUUAUAUAGUGAUCUUAGUGAUUGAGGCGCCAGCGAAUGUCUGCAAGUUGAUAUUCUUGGACAGAUUUGGCAGAAAAAGGGUGAUAGCCACUGCGUUCUUUUUGACUGGAUUGAUUUUGAUCAAUUAUGGAUUUGUUCCAGCCGGCAACUGGUCAAUACUCCUAUACCUGGGUGGAAAGUUCUUCAUAACGCUAGCAUACAACUCCCUAUACGUAUUCGCAGCUGAAGUAUUUCCCACAAACUAUAGAACAUCACUUCUAGCCAUGUGUUCAACCAUUGGCAGAAUAGGUUCUACUGUGGCACCGCAAACUCCUUUGCUUACGAGGUUCUAUAUAUACCUCCCAACAAUGAUAUUCGGAGGCAUGGCAGCCAUAUCUGGCUUUCUAGUACUUACCCUACCAGAGACAAACAAUCAGAAACUACCAGACUCCUUGAAAGAAGCUCAAGAUCAAGACAAAAAGAAGGCUGAGGAACCCAUAGAGAAGACCGUAGACAACAAAACUAGAUUAUAGAAGUUUAUGAAGUUAGACAAUUUUGGAACAAACUUGUGAACUAGACAGUAUAUUUUGAAAAUAUUUUGCCUUAUGUGAGAAGGCAAGUAACUAUGUUUAUUUUUAUUUGGGAAAGUCAUGAAAGCACUGUUGUAGUAAUAACUGCCUAGCCUGUGAAAAGCCUGAAUAUUCAGGACUAUUGCCAAGUGACAUUCGGUUACUGUUUUUUAAUGUUACCGGUAUUUUACCAAAUAAAGUAUUAAUUAACAAGUUUUUCAGUAAAACAUAAUGCACUGACUAAACCAAAAUAGAUUUAAAUCUAUUCUAAAAUUAUUAAAAAAACCUU